UCCAGAGCAACGUAGUCGUCGUUGACGUCGUCGGCGGCGGCGUAAUCGUAGGCGUCGGCGUCUACGUCGGCGUCCGCGCUAAUUGCUGUGUGAUUGUAAUUGAUUUCUGAUUCCGCGAUUCCGAAUUCAGUUGCUUUGCGGCGGCAUAGCGGUGAGUUUCGCUUUGCUCGUUCUGGAUUUCGCGGUGUGACAAGUAAAAAAUUCGUUCUUGCUGCUUCGGACAUGCAUGACAAAUUGCAAUCUGUGGCGCUGCUGGCGUUGGCCGCCCUACUCUGCCUUGGGCCAUCGGCUCAGGCAGCGGUUCUAGGUCGGGCGGCGGACGAGGAGGGCGGCGCGAACAAGACGGCGUGGGAACUAACGGAGGCCCUCUCCGGAACGUCGGGGCUUCGCAGUUUCAAUGGCACCUGGAUAACAGAUGAAGAGUUCUAUUACACUGCCUCGGAUAGAUCUAUCCACAAAUAUAAUGCUGCCACCAAAACAGACUCCAUCUUCCAGGCGUCUUCUUUUUUGAACAACUAUGUGGGAGCCACAUUCACACUGUCAGCGGAUAACACUAAGAUCCUGAUCCGACAUAACCUUACGGAGAAGUUCCGCCACUCCUACAUCGCCCAGUAUGAUGUCUAUGACAUCGAAACGAACACCACGGUCCAGAUCCACAAGGGCGAGAAGCUGCAGUACUGCGGAUGGUCGCCCCUGAGGGAUCGCCUGGCCUAUGUCUACCUCAACAACGUGUACAUCCAUUUCAACGAGAACCUGGAGAUCAGUAUCACGGACGACGGCGUCGACGGAGUUGUCUACAACGGGGUGCCCGAUUGGGUCUACGAAGAGGAGGUGCUCAGCAGUGGAAGCGCUAUCUGGUGGUCUGCGGACGGAACCAAACUGGCGGUGGGCUUCUUUGACGACACCGAGGUGGAGACCUUCAAUUACUUUAUCUACGGCGAUGGGGAUACCACCUACUACCAAUACCCGCAUGAGGAGCACCUCAAGUACCCAAAGUCGGGCACCAAAAACCCUCUGGUGUCUCUGCGGGUCUACGACGUGGCUGACAAUGACCCAACCAUGCGGCCUAUUGUGGCGCCAGUGGAAGUGGUCGGCACCGACCACAUCCUGCAGAACGUGGUGUGGUCGAACGAAACCCACCUGCUAAUCACAUGGAUGAAUCGGCGCCAGAACCUCUCCUCCAUUCAGAGCUGCAGCUACGAGGGACAAUGCGCGGAGGUGAAGCGACUGGAGGAGCCGCACGGCUGGGUGGACAUCAGCACACCCAAGUGCCUCUCCACGGGCAAGAGCUGCAUCUUUUCGUAUUUCAUCGACAAUUGGCAGCAGGUGUGGAACAUCGACCUGGAGACGGGAGUCAAUAGUUGGCAAUCGCGUGGAAACUUCACGGUCUUGUCCAUAUAUGGAUAUGACGAAGCGCGGGACAAACUAUAUUACCAGGCCACACAGCCCCAUGAUCCAUCAGCGUACCAUGUGUUCAGCAACGACGAGUGCCUCAGCUGCAACCAGGUCGACGUGGAUGGUCAGAAGUGCCUGUCCGCUAGCGCCACAUUCAGCAAGUCCUUCUCCUACUACACCUUGUCCUGCAAUGGCCCUAAUCCCUACUACACCCGCAUCUUCGAGGCCACCACAAACACGCUAGUUGUGGAUUGGGAGCCCAAUACUGCGUACAGAGCCACUCUGGAGGCAAAACAACGUCCCAGCUACCGCUUUCUGAAUGUUACCUUGGCGGAUGGAAGCAUUGGAUACGCCAAGCUCGCCCUUCCGCCAAACUUCGACGAGGACAAGAAGUAUCCCUUGAUCGUGGUGGUCUACCAGGGACCCAACUCUGUGCGGGUUACAAACUCGUUUGUGGUGGGCUAUGAGGCCUUUGUUACCACCUCCAGGAAUACAAUCUACGCGUACAUCGAUGGCCGUGGCACGGGAAACAAGGGAAAGGAUCUGCUGUUCUCUGUGAACAAUAAUCUGGGACAGCACGAGGUUGAGGAUCAAUUGUUCGUCACUCAGUGGAUGCAGAAGACCCUGCCCUAUGUGGAUGCGGAUCGUUGCGGCAUCUGGGGAUGGAGCUAUGGAGGCUACAUGACGGCCAAGACGAUCGAAAAUGAUGGGGGAAAUAUCUUCCAAUGCGGAGUCUCAGUGGCUCCCGUCACUUCAUGGUUGUAUUACGAUACAAUUUAUACUGAACGUUAUAUGGGUCUGCCAACUGAGGAAGAUAAUGCCCAAAAGUAUAACGAAAGCAGUGUGUUCGGAAACCUGGACAACUUUAAGACCCACGACUUCCUGUUGAUUCACGGAUCCGGAGACGACAAUGUCCACUACCAGCACUCGUUACUGCUGGCUAAGUUACUCCAGAGGGCGGAUAUUCCAUUCGAGGAACAGACUUACACGGAUGAGAACCAUGGCAUUGGCAAUGCGCUGCCUCACCUGUACCACACCAUCGACAACUUCUGGAUCAACUGCCUUAACCUGGAGGUCCCCUAGGACCCCAAAUGAUUAUCAAAUUGUGUCUUAGUUGAAUACGAGUAUUUGUAAAUACUGUUUGUACUUUUUACGUUUAAAUCCUUUUAUAAAAAAGUCGUGUUUGUUACAUCAUUUAUUUGUAAACGAGGUAAUGUUUUUAA